UUUUAUUAUUUGCUUUAAACAAACAGGGAACAUUAAUAGCCUGUACUUUAUAUGUUGCAGUUGUAAAGUAAGCCUGUUUUUGUUAUAUAAACUAAAAUCGUGCCUGUCUACCGAUUUCCCACAUAACUGUUGUAAGUUGUGUACCUUUGAAUAUUAACGACUGCAACCAAGGAGUAAGACGAAUGUUUAUGGAAACUGGAAUACAAUUUAGUGGACCUGUUGGCUCUGACAAUGGCCCUGGUUUGGGAAAACGACUGGAUGAGAGUUUGUGAUCCCAAUUGUGGUUAAUGGAACCGUAGAACAAAAUGUUCAACUUCAGGAAUAUGUCAUGUAAAGAGCUGAUGAAGGUGUUGGGGCUGGGAGCUGUAGCUUUCGUUUUGGGGGUGGAGUGGCUAAACUGGCUGAAGCGGCGUCUGAGGGACUCUCGCGGACCCCUGAAAGAAGUUCUGUUCUUCCCUUCACCUCAAGUCUGCGUUGAGCACCUCUUCAUACGCCAUAAACAUUUCCCCUGUGCAUGUCCGCUUCCCCAUGGGGUUGAGACAUCCUUCUCCAGGCUCCUCGUUCAUCUCCUCUCCGCUCGUGUGUCACUGGACCUGUGCGUGUUCUCCUUCUCUCACAUGGAGCUGAGCAGGGCGAUUCUCCUGCUGCACAAACAGGGAGUCGUUGUGCGAGUGGUUACAGACAGAGACUACAUGACCAUCACUGGAUCUCAGAUCGGUGCCCUCCGUAAGGCAGGCAUCUGUGUGAGGCACGAGAUGAGCUCAGCUGUUCAUAUGCACCAUAAGUUUGCAUUGGUGGACAGCAGGAAAUUGAUCACUGGCUCCCUCAACUGGACCCUAACUGCAGUCCAGAGCAACAAAGAAAACGUCAUGGUCACGGAGGAGCCGGAGCUCGUGGGGCCCUAUCAGCAGGAGUUCCAGAAGCUGUGGGAGGCCAACGAUCCGGCCAAUCACAAACCUCAAUACACUAAUGGGCAGCUAAAUAUAAAGACUUGUAAGGACAAAUAGGACUUUACACUUGCUUUUUUCCCUUGUGGUUUACAUUACAUAGUUCUGUAUGGGGUUUAUUUUAUUUGUAAAGAUUAUUUUAAUAAGCUGAAAGCUAGUUUUUUCUUUCUUUUGACUGUUUGUCUGACUCUUAAUGUCAAUUUUCCCAUUUUUUAUGCAAAAUGGGAACUUGAAAGGUUUAGUAUGUAGUUCAAUUUAACUUAGUUCAGUUAAUAUGACUUUUUUUUAAGAUGUGUCCUAGUUUUAAGUAAAAACAAGUUCAAGUAAACCCACCUGCUAAAAUAUUAUCUCUUGAUUAUAAAAACCUAGCAAGCUGAAACCUGUGAGUGUGCAUUUCAUAGCCGUGCCUUUGAUUGCUCAAUUCUUCAUGGGACUCGCCUUUUGUGUUCCUCUUUUGUGACCAGAAGAUUUUAGAUAAGGUUGUUUCUGUAUGUGCACCUAAUGUUACAUUUUUUAAAAUAGAUACAUGAAAAAAAAAAAGUUUAAACA